AUUACCAUUACCAUAAUUAUUUUCAGCAUAGUAUUUACAUCCGCCCAUUAUGGAGGAAGACAGAGCCCUGGCCGACUUAGGGCCUACCGGCGUUGAAUCGCAACAAGAACCAGAAAUCCAAGCUGAGCCUGCGCCUGCCCCACGUCAACCCAAGAAGAGAUUCAUCGGACGACGAGCCGCUGCGGAAAGGGCACAAGCGAACGAUGCGUCUUCAACCUCCGGAGGCAACAUUGAAGACAGCGGAGCCAUUCAAGUCUCCAAACCCCGCCGCACGGCGCGAACCCUUAACCAAGUCCCUCCUGAGAUCCUCGAAGACCCCGACAUCCAGGCCGCGAUCUCCCUCCUACCACCAAACUACUCAUUCGAGAUACCCAAGACGAUCCACCGAAUCCGCACAUCCGGCGCCAAAAAGAUUGCCCUGCAAUUCCCCGAAGGCCUUCUGCUCUUCGCUACCACCAUCUCCGACAUUCUCACACAAUUCUGUCCUGGCACUGAAACGCUCAUCAUGGGCGACGUGACGUACGGCGCAUGCUGUAUAGACGACUACACCGCACGCGCCCUGGGCUGCGACCUACUCGUGCACUACGCACACAGCUGCCUGAUUCCCGUUGCCGUGACACAGAUCAAAACGCUGUACGUCUUUGUCGACAUAUCCAUUGACACGACCCACCUCCUGGCCACACUGGAGCGCAACUUCGCGCCAGGCAAAACCAUCGCCAUGGUCGGCACGAUCCAAUUCAACGCCACCAUCCACGGCAUCAAACCCACGCUCGAAAAAUCCGGCUACAACAUCCUCAUCCCCCAAAUCGCUCCGCUCAGCAAAGGCGAGAUCCUCGGCUGCACAUCCCCUCACCUACCCACCUCCUCCUCUCGCUCCCUCGACAAAAACAGUAGCAGCAGCUCCUCCUCUUCUGGAGUAGACAUUAUCCUCUAUCUCGGCGACGGCCGCUUCCAUCUCGAAUCCGCCAUGAUCCACAACCCCACCAUCCCCGCAUACCGCUACGACCCAUACUCGCGCCGUCUUACACGCGAAACGUACGACCACAAGGAAAUGCACACGCUGCGCCGCGAGGCAAUCACCACCGCCAAGCGCGCCAAGAAAUGGGGUCUCAUUCUCGGAUCCCUAGGCCGGCAGGGCAACCCGCACACCAUGACCCUCAUCGAGAACCAUCUCCGCGCAAAGGGUAUCCCCUUUGUCAAUCUCCUCCUCAGCGAAAUCUUCCCUGGCAAACUAGCGCAAAUGUCAGACGUAGAAUGCUGGGUCCAAAUCGCCUGUCCCAGAUUAAGUAUCGAUUGGGGAUACGCUUUUCCUCGUCCCCUCUUGACCCCCUAUGAGGCACUCAUUGUCCUCGGGGGUCGCAAAGAGUGGUGGGCAGAUAAUGCAGAUAAUGCUGGUGGCACUGGGGGCAAGGCGGGUGAGAGUCACGGCGUUUACCCCAUGGACUUUUACGCAAAGGACGGUUUGGGCAGAACUACAGAAACCAUUGCCGCUGCUGCUACUGCUCCUGUUGUUGCUGCGGAGAGCUAA